UAAAUGUUGAAGAACAUGCUUUUAUUAAUUUACAUUCUAUAUUAAUCAGUUUGUUUUCAAAAGCUAUUAAAACAGCAUAUCCGGCAUUAGAAGACUUUGGCAAACCUGCAGUAUCUGCUGGUAGUAAAUUUGCUGAUUACCAAUGCAACGCAUCAAUGCAAAUAUGUAAACUUUUGAAAGCAAAAGGUGAAAAUGUGUCGCCUAAUGUAGUUGCUAAGAAACUAGUGGAUUGUUUAGGGCAAUGCAAUAUUAUUGAAAAAGUAGAUGUUUCUGGACAAGGAUUUAUCAACGUAUGGUUAAGUCGUAAUAAGCUUAGAGAUAUUUUACAGUAUGUACUGGAAAAUAAAUUGAAGCCAAAACCUUUAACUAAUCCACAGAAGAUUAUAGUAGAUUUUUCAGCACCCAAUGUCGCUAAAGAAAUGCAUGUUGGUCAUUUAAGGUCAACGAUUAUUGGUGAAAGUCUAUCCCGUGUAUUUGAAUUUAUUGGUCAUGAUGUAUUGAGAAUAAAUCAUAUUGGUGACUGGGGCACGCAAUUUGGUAUGUUAAUUGCUCUACUUCAAGACAAAUUCCCUAAUUACAAGACCGAGUCUCCUCCUAUAAAAGAUUUGCAACAAUUUUAUAAACAAUCCAAAGUUCUUUUUGAUAGUGAUUUAGAGUUCAAAAAACGGGCUUAUGACUGUGUUGUAAAAUUACAAAGUAUGUCACCUGAUCAUGUUCAAGCAUGGAAAUUGAUUUGUGAUGUAUCAAGGAAAGAAUUUCAAAAAAUAUAUGAAAGAUUAAAUAUCAGCAUUAUUGAAAGAGGAGAAUCAUUUUACCAAAGCCGUAUGGAAACUGUAGUUAAAGAUCUGGAAGAAAAAGGAUUUUUGGAGAAUGAUGAUGGUAGAAAAAUUAUGUGGAGUCCAGAGUCCUCAAUACCAUUAACUGUAGUAAAAUCUGAUGGUGGAUUUACAUAUGAUACAUCAGAUAUUGCAACACUAAAACAGAGGAUUGAGGAAGAGAAGGCUGAUUGGAUUAUAUAUGUCGUUGAUGCUGGACAGAGUCUACAUUUUGAGACUUUAAAAAAAUGUGCAAUUCACUCAGGUUUUCUUGAUCCAUCUAAAGUUCGCAUGGACUUUGUUGGUUUUGGCGUAGUGUUGGGUGAAGAUAAGAAAAAGUUUAAAACCCGUUCUGGUGAUACAGUUCGUCUAGCUAGUCUUUUAGAUGAAGGUAUAAAAAGAACAAGAGAUAAACUAGUGGAAAAAGGCCGAGACAAAGUAUUGACCGAUGAAGAAUUAAAAUUAGCAGAAACGGCAUUGGCUUAUGGUUGCAUUAAGUAUGCUGAUUUAUGUCAUAAUAGAAAUCAUGAUUAUGUAUUUUCUUUCGAUAAAAUGUUGGAUGACAAAGGAAAUACAGCGGUUUACUUGUUGUAUGCACUUACAAGAAUAAGGUCCAUUAUUAAUAAUUUGGGUACUUAUACUCAAGACUUAAAUGAGCCUAUUUCACUCGACCAUGAUAAAGAAUGGAAACUAGCCAAGACUUUGUUACGGUUCCCAGAAGUAAUCUCAAAAAUUACUGAUGAUUUUUGUCUCCAUCAUUUAUGCGAAUAUCUUUAUGAUGUGGCUACAACAUUUAGCGAGUUUUAUGACAAUUGUUAUUGCAUUGAAAAAAAUCCUCAAACUGGUGAAAUCGUUAAAGUGUUUACUGGAAGAAUAUUGCUGUGUAAAGUCACAGCAGAGUACAUGGAAACGGGAUUAAAUUUACUGGGCAUCAGCACGGUAUCUCGAAUGUAGUGUACUUAACUGUACACAAACAAAAUACUACUUUUUUUUAAACAUUAUUUUGAUUUAUAAUUAGUUUCAUCUUUUUAA